AUGCGGAGUUUCAGAAUACGUGCUGCUAUGGAGGCGGAACGGCAGGCGCGAGGUGGUAGAGGUGGUAGGAGAGGCAGAGGGGGAAGAAGAGGAGAUGGAGGAAGAGGUGGUGGAGGCCGUGGUGAUGGCGCGGUGACCUCAGAGUACGCUAGGGAGAUGGCGGCGGCCAUGAUGGGCCUGGAACAACUUGUGCGGCAAUAUGCCAUGGGCCACUCCCCACCGGUACUGACUCGCGUUGGAGGGACAAUGGCUAGAGGAGGAGCUGCUCAAGGGCUAUGCAGGAAAUCCGUUCACAUGCCUGUGCAACAGGCUUCUUCCGCUGGCUCUCGAGAGGAGCAUCCAUCGAAGAGACAACGACACUCUGGUGGCACCGAGGAGGAGCCUGUUACCGUUUCAGACGAGACCAAGGAGCCUAUAGACACUGAUCUGGAGGACACCUCCGGUAGUACCGUGCCCCGGGUGACUCGCACUCAGGAGUUUGUCAGCUCCGAGGCAGAAAAGGAGGUUUCUGAGGAGGAUGAAGAGGAGUGUGAGGGCAGAGAUGAGGAUGAGGACUGA